AUGUCAAACCCAUGGGAACUCAUGUAUGAAGACUUCGUUUGGAUCUUUUCCCAUCCAUAUGAAGUUUUAAUUGAAUUCGCAUUCCGUAACACGAUACUCGCGAUGCAUUUCGAUUAUAUUAAAGAUGAGAAAACGCCAAAGGGCGAAUUUAAUCUUCUAUAUUGGAGCAACUGGCGUGGUUUAUUAUCUCAGAUAUGGUUGUUUUUUAUCACGUUACCGAUUUUUUUUGUCUAUCCCUAUUUUGCGAUGAAAGCAUUAGAAAGACCGUAUGUUCGCAUGCCUGCACCACCAACCACAGAUGAAGAAAGGAAGAUUGACGAGAAAGAGAAAUGGUUUUUCAUCAACGGUGUGAUGGUAAAUGAGGAUUGGUUAGAUGAAAACUGUAAAUACCUGGAAGCACGUUUCGGUAAAAAGGUUAUAGGCAUUCUUAAUAGUAGUUAUGGUUUAUUCUGGGAUGUUGUGGAAACCGUCCUUCAGAGAAGUUUUGAAAUCGAUACCAUGUCGGUGCGACAGGCAACGAAUUAUAUUCUCCCAUCGCUUAGGGAUAAAAAAACCGAAACUGUUCGUCUGAUCUCACAUUCCCAAGGUGGUGUCUUAGCAAAUUUGGUCAUCAAGAGAUUAUACACGGAGUUGAGUUAUACAAAAGAACAAGGAAAUAUGAGGAAACUUAGCGUGCACACGUUCGCAAAUAUAUCUAGAGAAUUUGGGAACCCCGAUGGUCUAAUCAAUUGCAUUGAACACUAUGCAAACAGACGUGAUCCAGUUGCGAUAAGAGGAAUUAUUAAUAACAUUAAUGACAAGCGUACUAUAGGCGAAAUUUUUAUCAACGACGUUAGGAACGGAGGUAAGGGCCACCUGUUCAAUUCGUUUUAUAGCCUUAACCUUGAUGAUUACUUUUCUGCGCGAGGUGGUGAUGCCGUGUUGUUGAAUCUUCCUGGAAAGGUGGAUCAUCUGCCCAUCAAAGUUGUGAUUUAG